UAACUGCAACCACAUUCAAAUAACCCUAAAUAUCUUGGUUUAUUUUACGCCACUGAAAAAAUCAACACAUUGAUCCACUAUGCAACUUGUUGUGAACCACAGUGCAUCAGCUGGUGGCUGCAUGGCACAUGCCAGUGACAGGCGGCGAUAAGAAGUCACGGACGAUGGCAGUGUCGGACAGCGUAAAGGACCUCGCCAGUGUCAGUUUGUCAAGCACUGCCGGAACAUCACGAAUUCCUCGUGGCUUUGGUGAAACCCGGUAGUAUAUUUCGCGACGAUGAGGGAUCAUCGUGUAAGUCUCGUGGUGGAGCGACCUGGCGAGCGGUUGUCGACUCCGAUGACGCCGUGGCAAAUUGGAACCGAGAUCGUUCGGAAUGAAUUCGUUCCUGUUGCACGACACACGAUGCCAGCGACGGCCUUUUACUCGGACAAGGACCGAUUCACGCAGAAUUACUCGACUGAUCCGUCUCAGAACAUGCGCCUCAUAGCCAGGAAAUCGGGCGAGUCGGAGGAAGAAUCGGACUAUAAGGGGCAGUACAGGGUGCGUCGGUGAUGUGGGGACUGCAGUAGACGAUGCUGAAGCUGACGAGUCUUGUGUGGCAUUGAUGACGAUAGAUAUGGCCGGGAUUGCUACUGCUUUUCACGAUAGUCGUGGUCGCCAUGCUUCUCAUUACCAAAGGAGCGGUGGACACGUACAACGCACGUACUGCGCGUGCAAUGGAAUAUGAGCAGCAUGUGGCAGGCAAGCGCUCGAUCAAGGACGGCAAAACCGACGACAACAUCAUUAUCUCGGAUGACGGCCAAGUCGGCAACCCCAAGUCAUACGAUACCAGCGUCAGUAAGUUACCUGUCGUAUUGCUACGGAGAAUUAGUCCUUAAUCGGCGAUAUUCUAACGAAUUGCACUGCAGCAUGUGAGAUGCCCGACUACCAAAGCAAGAAUGGGCAAAUUGUGGCGGUCGCUGCAAACGGGACUGAAGUACCAAUUCAGAUCAAGGGUGUCAACUGGUUCGGAAUGGAGACAACCCUCGCAGUUCCGUUCGGGCUCUGGGAGAACGCAGACAACGGCACCACAGCGUACGAGAUCGCGGCAUUCCUGGCACGAAACAACUUCAACGCAGUGAGACUACCGGUUUCUGUCGAGAACAUUCUCAACAACAGUCCGCCCCAGAAAGGUGUGAUCAACCUCUCAAGCAACCGCGCGAUCAACGGAACCGACUUCAUCUCGACACUACAGACACUAGUGAAGUCUCUGGCUUACCGCAAUAUCGGCGUGCUUAUCAGUAUGCACAGACUCACCAACAAAAAGUCGGGAGCUACAUGGUUCGAUGAAGAUAUUGGUGUGACACAGGACGACUUCCUUGACGCGGUUGACACUGUGUCCUCCAAUCUCUGUGGUCAAGACUAUUGGAACGUCAUGGGGCUUGACCUGAAGAACGAGCCGGAGAAAGCGACGUGGGGGACUGGAGACGAUGACGAUUUCGUUGUGGGUUGUGAGAAAAUUGCCAAGGUGAUGCACGAGAAUUGUCCACAAUGGCUGGGCUUCGUUGAGGGUGUAGUGUCCACACAUACAGUCACGAUUGGUGGCGAGGAACUCGAGUACUACGACUGGUGGGGUGGUGGUCUUCAGAAGGCAGGAAACACUCAACCCAAGUUCACUAUUGAGAAUAAAGUGGUCUGGGCUCCGCACUAUUACACGACUGCUGUGGCACCACAGAGAUAUUUCUAUGGAGACGGCACGACUUCUGACUUCUCGACGUAUGUGGAGCUGUCAGAUGAAGAUCUGCUUGCACGUGUGGAGGGGACGAUGAAUGACAUGUUCGGAUAUUUAGCGGACGACAAGAAUUAUGCUCUGUUGCUGGGAGAAUUUGCAGGUUUGUACACUAAAGACGCUCAUCCGAAGAAGACGACGAAGCGCACAACGGACUUGACAAUCCAAGUGCUCAUGGAAAAAGAGUACGCGGGUGGAUUUAUGUGGUCACUGAACCCAGAAAGUGAGUACCAAUACAAUCCAGCAGACACGGAGGGAGCGUUCACGGAAGGCAUGCUCCUUGAUGACUGGUUGUCACCGAACAGCGAGUUCCUCGAUGCGUUCACACCUAUGGAUGCUAUGCCCAAUCUGCGCAAGUUCCCAUGCUUCCCUAUUGAAGACAGAUAGAUUGCUGUAAAUGUACGACUUCAGUAUAAACAUUUCCCCUACCAUCUACCUUAGGAUAAAGAGGAUCGCAUUGCUUUAGUUGCUGAAGAAGCAGCAGGCAUCGCUUUGUUGUUUGGCUUUGCGCACUUUAGUGCAACCAUUUUUAAUGCAGCACUAUCUUCGAGG